CCUUGUUGUUCGUGUUUGUACACCUUCUAGAGUCUCAACAUCUUUUUUGUGUCAUGGUGACCAGAACUGGAUGGAAAAUUUCAAGGGUGACUUCACCACUACAAUAUAAAGCAGUACUAAUACUUCUUGUGUUGAUUUAAUCUGAUUAAAUGACAUCAAUUCAUUCAUGGAGAAAACCCCAAAUGACAGCUAAGCCUGCCCCUUGUUUGAAGUUCAGGAGACACGUAAGACAGGUGUCACCAUUUGAGAAGCUGAUUUGGUCCUUCAAGGAGGACACCGCUCAGCACCCGAGGACAUCGGAACGAGAGGACCUGCCCAGGGUUCCUGCAACCAGCUGUUUCCUGCGUCGUCCACCAAGAUGGUCCUCCUUCCUUCUCUCCUCGUUAUCCUUGCCUGCCUCUCAGGAUCCUUCGGCCAAGAAGAUCUCCAGAAGAAGGUCUUCGUUUUCCCGGCGACUUCUCCCAAGGCCGCCGUGCGCCUGAAUGUAAACCUUCAGCAGCCCCUGACCAAACUCUCCGUCUGCCUGAAACACCACUGCCCGCUCUUACGCCCUUAUUCCCUCUUCUCUUAUGCCACCCAGGCCCACGACAACGCUUUCCUGAUUUUUAAGGAAGACCACAGCGUCUAUUCGGUUAGCAUAGGCAACUCGGAUGUACUCUUCAAGAUCCCUAGGCAAGUUAUUCCGAGUUGGGAGCACAUCUGCGUCUCCUGGAACUCCAGAAACGGGCUGAUUUAUUUUUGGCUCAACGGCGUCCUUCUCCCCCGCUUGGGAACCAAAAGGGGUUACAAGAUCAGCCACCAGGCCUCCAUCUUCCUGGGGCAAGACCAGGAUACCUUCGGAGGGGGCUUCCAAGCCAGCCAAUCCUUCGUGGGCGACAUGGCGGAGGUCAACAUGUGGCCAAGGAUGUUGACCUCCGAUGACGUCAGGCUCCUCAUGAAAGAUGACACCGUGCCCGACCCUCUAUUCAGCUGGAGCUCUUUUAAUUACACAAUUCAGGAUUAUGUGGUCCUUACGGAGGAAGUGCCUUAGGCUGUUUCCCCAAAGGGAAGACCUGCGCUCGAAAGGAAUUCUCUUCUGGAGGAGGGUGGGGAGAGAAAAGAAAUGCAUAGUUUUAGUGUAUAGCAAAUUUGAAGUAGAUCGUGAUUGAUAUGUAGACGAUCCGUGCCCGGGAAAAUCACCAGCGGGAACGUGAUUCUAACCUCCUUGCAAUAAAAUAAGGCGCUUGUUCAUGAUGACGCCGAAUUUCUCUUUAUUCUCAUCGCGCAAUGGGGAGCCAAAGAACAGAGCAGGGGGUGAUUUCCACUUUUCUUCCUUGUUACACGGGGGUUGCAUCACCAACUUGUAAACGGCCCAUAAUCCCUUGUGGGGUGGAGUCCCGAAUGCAGCUAGCAGAGUGUUUACUGGCCCGAUAC